GUCUUGCUCCAGGAUAUUGUCACCUUUCGUGUUCAGUGCUAUGGAGAGUUAAGUUUUGUAGCUGUUUAGAAUGAUGAAGGGUUACAUAAUUCUGAUAUAUCUGUUAUCAGUUACGGUUGUCAAAGUUGAAGUAGUUGUGUGGGUGACUACCAGUAACAGUGAACCGGUUGUUUUAGCUGGCUGCAAUAUUCAACUAGACUGCGAUUUACAUGUUGAAAAGUAUGACGUCUCUCUGUUAAAGGUUAAUGGACCCAAGUUACAUGAACUGGGUAAAACUAACGGGUAUGACAUACAGAAGACUUCAACCAGACAAGGACAGCACAUUAGUCUCAAUAUAAGAAAUGUGACGUUACAAGAUGCUGGUAUAUAUAUAUGUAAAGUGGGUUUUACAGAACACUAUACAGAUAUCAACCUCACAGUUACUGAUUUCCAGUGGAAAGGUAAUAAGACGACUAUGAUGGUUGGUUUGGGAAAUGAUAUAACGAUGCAAUGGGGAUAUGUAUCGAAGGCUGUGUUUCAAUAUAUCUUUUUAUAUAGAAAAUCCAAUGGCACCCGAAGGGGUCUUGUUAAGUGGGAGGGUGGCACUGAAGUAGAAAGAUGGGACGAUGACAGAAUGGACCUUCGCUUGAUUACCAAUAGCUCAACAAAUAUUGUAUUUAACUUACGUAAUGUAGACGAGGAUGACUUGAAAUAUAAAUACCACUUACAGUUGAAAUACAGUGAUACCUGUAUCAUAUCUCACAAACCAGUUAGUUUACAAGAAGACAUUGAAUUUAAAUGGCUAUCUACAGUCGAUCGAAUGACGUCUACUGUUAGCAAGAAUGUAACGUUGCUGUGGAAAUACGAGAGUGUCAAAUUGGCGAAAAAAAUCAUAUUCUACCAAUUCAACAAAAUAACGGGACAGAACCGAGAAAUAGCCCUAUGGACAAAGGAUGGAGCAUUUAGACAGACUCCCAGACAAGCAACUGUAUUACAAUUUGAUAAACUCCCCAUUGGCAACAGAUCUGGGGAGAUAAUUAGGCUGAUAUUGAUCAAACCAAUCGAUGGAUAUUUUGAUUUAAUCUACAACUGUAAAAUUUUCUGCGCAGUUGCAUUUAACAGUUUGAAGGGAAUUGAAUUGAGGGCACAGAGGCCAUCAAUAGAUAGUGAAGUGGGUGAAAUUGAAGGUCGAUUGGGAGAUAAUAUUAGAUUUGUAUGGUAUUAUGGAUAUAAAUAUGGAAUCGAUACAAUCAUAAUAACUCGUGAAGAAAAACACAACAAAGAGAUUAUGGCAAUAGGCCAAUGGCACAAAGAUAUGUUUUUGCCCAACAAAGAUGUUAAUGGAAACAGGCUGGUGUUUAACAAAUCCGGAAUCGACUCACCAAAUGGAAUAAAUGGGCAGAUAAUAUUGAAAUUACUCAAUACAACACUGGGUGACUUUAAAUAUAACUAUAUAUGCCGCAUUACCUUUACCGAUGCACAGACAAGUUCAAAUCGUAUCAAGAUUGAUCAAAGUAAGACCUGAUAAGCCAAUAGGUAGCCAUCCCAAAAUAUAUUGAUGAGACAUAUUAAUUACCAAAUUCUGUCUAAACAGAUGUUCAUGAUUCACCUUAUAGUUAAGGCAUCAACCAAUUUGUGAAGGAUUCAAAUUGCUGAAUCCCAAGAGAAUAUUGACUUACAUUUUGGUAACGUUUCUACGACUAGUCCAUAACAUCUUGGCUCACAUUUUGGUUUAAUCUAGUCUCUAAAAUCUUGGCUCACCAGAUAUCCAUUAAGUGCACAUCUAAACAAAUUUACAAUUAGGAAAGGAGAAAUUACUCAUCGCUGACCGUAGCCAAGGCUAUAGUAGCAAGCAGUCACACAACAAGUUCCAGUCAGAAUCAAGUUAAUCGUGUCUCAAAACAUCGACAGUCUCUAUAAAGACAUUCGUCAACAAUGUAGCACUACCGCUGCCACAUAUCUAUAUUUUGUCAUGAUCGUCUAAGUGUUGGUUUAACUCAGUGCUGCUUACUGUUGUAUCUCUUUUCUUAAGGAUUUCACCAUUGUGUUGUCU